AUGGACAUGUACAGUACAGCCUGCAAAGAAGCACUCUCAGCCAAACAAAAGGCGAGGGAGCUCCAGCGCUGGAAAAUGGAAGAACAGCAAAGGUUAGAAGAGGCACGACUAGCUGAAGAAGCAGCACUGGCACUUGCCGAAAAGGAAAAAGCCAAGUCCAGGGCAGCCAUGGAGGCUGCUGAAGCAGCGCAGAGGAUUGCAGAACUGGAAGCGCAAAAGAGAAUCAAUGCAGAAAUGAAAGCAUUAAAAGAAGCCGAGGAAAGAAAUAAAGUAUUAAAUACGCUGGCACAAUCAGAUGUCAGGUACAGGAAGUACACAAUUGAGGAAAUUGAAGCUGCAACAGAUUUCUUUUCAGAAUCUCGGAAGAUUGGAGAAGGAGGUUAUGGGCCGGUAUAUAAAUGUUAUCUGGAACACACACCUGUUGCAGUUAAGGUUCUCCGUCCAGAUGCAGCUCAAGGAAGAUCACAGUUUCAGCAAGAGUUAUGUGAACAACCAAAUUUACAUAGGCACAGGUUGAAGUCUUUAGCUGCAUACGUCAUCCAAACAUGGUUCUUCUCCUAG